AUGUCAUGGCCAGAACUUGAUAUUCCACGUGGAUCUGCCCUGGAAGCCGAUUUGAUGCUUCUCAAAACUCGCGUCAAGCAAGUUGUGAAAUGGUAUAUCUUUGCUUUGUUUGCGACGUUCUUAUGGUUGUCAGUAUCUUGGAACAUAACCCCUCAUCCUAUCGAGCAAGCUGCCUGCAGAAGAACACUCACUUUUCAAUUUGGGGAAGGGAAUUCAGUUAUCUCUGACUUGACACAAUACGCACGAGCAGCUGCGUUGGCCAGAAGAUUGAACUAUAGAGUACUCAUAGAUGACUCAAGAUGGAAGUACGGACGCUUAAGUGACUACUUUGAAAUGCCAGAAGCUGAAUGCGAGACAACAGAGAAAUCAAGCCUCAUACACAAAGUGAUUAUGGGAGAUGACGGAUGGGAAUCAGAGCCACAUAUUAUCGCAGACAGUACCAUAGACUUGGACAAGAUCUUCACUAAAGGGAUGAGUAUCAAAAAUAUCUCCAUGGAAGAGAAGUUCAUUAUCUUUGAUAAUCGAUCAAAUGAAAGAAUACCGACAAUCACCCCUACAGGAAGCUGGUGGUCAGAUGAAAUGGUCUUCGAAGAGAUCAAGAGGGUUUGGAGACCAAACAACAGAAUAAGAGCACAGAUACUUCAUAUGGUAUGGCUGAUGCAAUCUAGUGACAGUUUAGACUUGCCUGCGCACAGGUUGUGGCUGGCCAGACCUGGGAGGGCUUCAUAUUUCCAGAAACGCAAGACGGUCACCCUUGUACCUUACUCCCAAAACAUUGAUGAAGAUUCCAAGGAAAUCACGAGAGCUCUGGAAACAGAAAGACCGAACAUAAGCGCAUUAUCUUUCAGUCACAAUGACGCAUCCAGCCCAUCAUCAGUGUUGGUCAUCUUAUUCUGCAACACUCAAACGUCAAAACUAGUAGAGGAUCAAAAGGAAAAAUUUUCUCAAUAUGCUACAUCGAGAGUGAUCACUACACCUAAGAUUCAUGAUAAGGGCUGCUCAAGAAAAUCUGUCAACAAUACAAAGGGAGUGGAUUCAAUCGGCGAAGAAACAGAUAUGAUUAUCCGGGACUUGAUAUAUGCUAACGAGAGUUCUGUUCAGAUUAUAUGCCAUACAGCAGAUAUUCAUUGUCGCUUCUUGCUGUUGAUCUCCCAAUUUCAGCUUUAA